AGUAACCACAAACAACAGUUCCUUAGCAACAAAGAGAUACUUUGGCAAACGCCCAUUUUGAAAGUCGUGCGUACUGAACUGCUGUUGUUAAUUCAGAUUUGAAAAUGCCCACAGUCUCGGUGUCAUCUGCAGUAAGAAAGAAAAAAUGUUUUGCCACUAUCCAUGAAGCUGUGAAAUCAGGAGAUGUGGAAGAGCUGGCACAUAUGGUGAAAAAUGGAGCCAGUAUCAACGAAGUGGACCGAGAGCACAAAUUCACCCCUUUACAAUGGGCAGCACACACAGGGAGCCUGGAGUGUCUGCACUGGCUGCUAUGGCAUGGCGCUGAUAUGAGUGGUGCGACUCCCAGAGGAUGGACAGCAGCUCAUUUAGCUGCAAUCAGAGGGCAGGAUGCUUGUAUGCAGGCUUUGGUUGUAAAUGGUGCCAACCUAACUGCUAAAGAUGACCGAGGCUGCACCCCUGCACACCUUGCUUCAGCCCACGGCCACUCUUAUACACUACAGACAGUCCUGCGCAGUGGAGUGGAUUCCAAUGCUCCUGAUAAGAAUAAUUGGAGACCAGUGCACUAUGCAUCUUUCCAUGGCAGAUUGGGCUGUUUACAGUUUCUUCUGAAGUGGGGAGCCAGUGUGGAUGAUGUUGAUAACAAUGGCAACACACCAGCUCACUUAGCAGCAAAUGAAGGACACCUGCACUGUUUUAAAUUCCUGGUGUCUCAAGGGUUAAGUGUAACCCAUAUGCUGGGAGCCAGGAACGAUCAAGGAGAAACGCCCAAAGACCUGGCACAGAGAUUCUACAAGGAGUCAGUUGUCCAGUACAUAGAAGCUGUGGAAUAUGAGAGGGACCACCCCCAGGAACAAGAAAAUUUGGCAUUCCCAGCCCAUGUAGCUGCUUUCAGAGGGGAUCUGGAUACCCUGAGGAAGCUGGUGGAGUGUGGAGUAAUCAACAUGAAUGAGCGGGACGACAAGGGCUCUACUCCGAUGCAUAAAGCUGCUGGACAGGGUCAUCUAAACUGCUUGCAGUGGCUUAUUGAGAUGGGUGCUGAUUAUAAUAUCACAAAUGAUGCUGGAGAGACUCCAAAGGAUAUUGCAAAGAGGUUUGCUCAGCUGGCAGCGGUGAAGCUGCUGGGUGGAGGGGGUCAGGAUGAAGACUCCGAUGAGGAACUUGACAAGGAUGAUCCAGCCUAUUUCUACAGGCAUGGUGUGGAAGGAAGCACAGACAGCCAGGACAGCUUGAACCUGAGCGCAGCUCACAGAAAGGAAGGAAGAAUGAGGGCGUACAAAAAAAUUGAAGAACUUGAACAGAUGGUAGAGAUAGCAAAAAGUAACUACAGGCAACUGGGAGGAAUACUUGAAGAAGACAGAAGGAAGCUAAAAGAAGUCAAAGAAGCAGAGAGAAAAGUUCAGGAAAUGCAGGCUCAGCUGGAAUACGAGAGAUUACGCAGAGAGAAGCUGGAAUGUCAGCUGGAUGACUACCGAGCAGAGAUCGGGCAUCUCAACAGGUGUCUGCAAAAACUGCAGGUGGCAGAGGAAGAAAACAAGCAGGAAUCAACCUCACCUAAAAAAACAGUUAAACACAAGAAGCCCAGGCCUGCAGGAGGAGUGUUUGUGCGAAGAAUUCCAGAAAAGUAGAAGACAGUACGGUGGCUCAUUGAGGACAUCACAAUGUGUUAUGUCUAGAUCUUAAAAUUUAUUUUGUAACACAUUUACAUUUUUUCCCCACUGUCAAUAAUGAGGCACCUUAUUACAGAGACAUAUUAAAUAUGGAUUUUUAAAAGGUAUAUUUUGUAAUAAAAAGAAUAAGGCCAUUAAAUCUAGAUAUAGUUCAAAGAUCAAUGGCUAACUAAGAAAAAAAAAAGCUUUUUUUAUAUAUAUUUGAACAACACUGAUAAGGGUGAGGUUUACAGAUGUAUUGCGGUUUAAUUUGUGUUGUGUAGGAUUGUGUCGAUCACAGAAGCUGCACUGGAAGUAGCUGUAGUGUGACUUCAUAAAAAUGAAUGAAGAUAUUUUCACAUUACUUAAUACUGUACACAUUUCUAAUGUUUCAGUGUAACAUCUUCUGAAAGCGUCAUAAUGGAUUAAACUUCUGAAUCUGCUAAAUAAACAAAUAAUGUUAUCUGGUA